CACCAAAUCACAAGAGGUUCCUCAUCUUCAUCUACAUAAAGAACUACCUGCAGAAGAGCCAUUAUGGUUCGUGGGAUAUUGCUGUUUGUUCUCUUCGUGGCUGCAUCAGCUUCUGAUUUGGGGAUAAAACCUGUAUCAGAGGCUGAUUUUAAUGCAUUAAUUAAAGAACAAGUCAACAGCCCACAAAAUAAAGCAUCUAAGAGGUACUCAUGUAUCCCCAACUGUCCAUAUGGCUGGGUGAAGUUUGAUGGACGCUGCUUCAACUACUUUAGUAUAGCAGUGGACUGGGCCUCUGCUGAGGCUUACUGUCUGACUCAGGGCGCUAACCUGGUCUCAAUACACAGUGAAAAUGAAUAUCAGAUGGUGAAGGCUCUCGUCCGUGCUCACGACCUCAAAGAGAAUCCUACAUGGCUCGGCCUCUCCAACUGUCAGAAGAAGAACAGCUGGUUCUGGUCUGAUGGGACCAUGUUUAUGUACAGAAAGUGGAAUAAAAAUGAGCCAAAUCACAAAGGAGAGUGCUGUGUGCACAUGAACGAGGACCAUGAGAGGAACUGGAAUGACAUUCCGUGCGACCUGAAGUAUCCAUUUGUCUGCGUCAAGAGGCUGCAGUGAAAGAAACACACGGCAGAAUUAAAAUUAUCUACAGCUUCACACAAGGCAGAAUUAAAAUGUCUUAAAAUUCCAGAAGCUGGUGAUCUACAGCUUCUUACAUAAUUACAGUAAAAUGAACAAAUUCAAGUAAAAAACACCCAAUCAUAUUAAUCAAUCAAUCAAUCGUACUGAAAAUAAAAGAUGCAUAUGAAAAAUGA